CCUUCUUUCGCUUCUUUGUUACGCCAUUGCAGUUCCUCUGGUGAAUGCUAUUGUCAUUAUAUAUAUAUAUAUAUACAUAUAACUUACACUUUGUUCAAGUUGAAAUGGACAUUUCAACGUUGUCGUCGCUAUUAAGAACAUGUAAGAACUCCAAGUUCUUGAAACAAGCUCACCAGAGAAUCCUCGCACUCGGGUUGCAAACCAAGGUUGUUAUCUGCAAAAGCCUCAUCAAUGGCUACUUCUCCUGUAAGGACCACGGUUCCGCAAGACAUGUCUUUGAAACCCUUGACAAUCCAUUGGAGAUCUCCUUGUGGAACUCCCUCAUGUUUGGUUACACGAACAACUCCAUGUUCCAUGAAGCUCUUGAGGUUUUCGGGAGAUUGUCGCAGUACCCUUUUCGCAUGGCUGAUUCUUACACAUACCCGAAAGUGUUGAAGGCUUGUGGCGCCAUCAGUAAGGAGCGCUACGGUAGAAUGGUUCAUGGUCUUUUGGUGAGAAACGGGCAUCUAUGUGAUGUUGUGGUGGCUAGUUCUCUGGUCGGCAUGUACGCGAAGUGUAACUUGUUCGAGUGGGCAGUCCAAAUGUUCGACGAAAUGACUGAGAGAGAUGUAGCGUCUUGGAACACGGUUAUAUCGUGUUGUUAUCAAAGCGGGGAGGCAGAGAAGGCUCUGGAGUUGUUUGGUAGAAUGAAAGGCUGUGGCUUUGAACCGAAUUCAGUGACACUAACCUUAGCCAUCUCGGCAUGUUCUAGGAUAUUGGAUUUGGAGAGAGGGAAGGAGAUUCACAGAGAAUGUGUGAAUAAAGGACUCGUCUCGGAUGAGUAUGUAAGCUCUGCUCUUGUCGACAUGUAUGGGAAAUGUGGCUGCUUGGAGAUGGCUAGAGAGAUUUUUGAACACAUGCCAAGAAAGAACGUGGUCGCCUGGAAUUUGAUGAUCCAAGGCUAUGCCCCAAGAGGCGAUAGCCAGUCAUGCAUUGUGCUUCUGAAUAGAAUGGUAAUAGAAGAAACACGGCCGAGUGAGACAACCUUAACCAGCAUUCUGAUGGCCUGUUCUCGUUCAUCUAAUCUUCGACAUGGAAAAUUUUUACACGGAUACUUGAUCAGGAAUGUAGUAGAUGCAGAUUUCUUUAUAGAAUGCUCCCUUAUCGAUCUUUACUUCAAAUGUAGCAAAGUGAAGCUGGCUGAGACAAUGUUUGUGAACACUCAGAAGACGUUUGUUGCUACAUGGAAUGUUAUGAUCUCCGGGUAUGUCGGUUUGGGCAUGUGGUUUGAGGCUCUUGCAGUGUACGACAAAAUGGCAGCUGCUGGUGUGAACCCAGAUGUCGUGACUUUCACGAGUGUCUUACCCGCUUGUUCUCAGCUGGCUGCACUCGAGAAGGGAAAGGAGAUUCACUUGUCCAUCAAUGAGAACAAACUCGAAAGAGAUGAGUUGGUGAUGAGUGCUCUUCUUGACAUGUACUCUAAAUGCGGCGACUUGAAAGAAGCAUCUAGAAUUUUUUACUGUUUGCCGAAGAAAGAUACUGUCUCUUGGACUGCAAUGAUAGCUGCGUAUGGAUCUCACGGCGAAGCUACAGAAGCUCUGAAGCUUUUUGAUGAAAUGCAGAGAGUUGGUGCCAAACCAGACAGGGUAACAUUUCUUGCAGUCUUACCUGCUUGUUCACAACUGGCUGCACUCGAGAAGGGCAAGGAGAUUCACUUGUCCAUCAGUGAGAACAAGCUCGAAAUAGACGAGUUGGUGAUGGGUGCUCUUCUUGACAUGUAUUCUAAAUGCGGUGAUGUGAUAGAAGCAUCUAGAAUCUUCUACGAUUUGCCAAAGAAAGAUGUUAUUUCUUGGACUGCAAUGAUAGCUGCAUAUGGAUCUCACGGCAAAGCCACAGAAGCCCUGAAGCUUUUUGAUGAAAUGCAGAAACUUGGUGCAAAACCAGACAGAGUAACAUUUCUUGCAGUGUUAUCAGCAUGUGGUCAUGGUGGGUUAGUUGAUGAUGGUCUCAAGUGUUUCAGUCAGAUGAGAAAUGAAUAUGGAAUUAUACCGGGUAUUGAACAUUACUCAUGCUUGAUUGAUCUCUUGGGACGAGCCGGGCGUUUGCCUGAAGCUUACGAAGUUCUGCAAGAGAAUCCAGAGAUGAGAGAGAAUGCCCGGCUACUGAGCACUCUCUUCUCUGCCUGUUGCUUGCACCAUAACCAUCAGUUGGGAGAGAAAAUCGCAAGAUUGCUUGUGGACAAGGACCCAAACGAUGCAUCGAAUUACAUUGUUUUGUCCAAUCUAUAUGCUUCUGGUGGGAGAUGGGAUGAAGUGAGGCAAGUAAGAUGGAAGAUGAAAGAACUUGGACUGCAGAAGAAACCGGGCUGCAGUUGGAUUGAGAUUGAUCGACAAGUAUGGCCCUUCUUUGCUGAGGCCACAUCUCAUCCAAAGGCUGAGAAGAUUUAUGAAUGUCUUGCCCUUCUGGGCGAUCACACGGAAGAGACAGAAAGUUUCUCUUAGAAGCUUGUCAAUGAUUCUGUGCCUGAGAUGAUCAAAAAGGUAUGUUUCUGUUGGACGAGAUGAAAGGCAGAGGGAUACUACUAGCAAAAUGGAGCAGAAGAACCACCAAUCUCAACACAAAGUGAAAGGCUAGAUUCUGAUUCUGAGAUUUAUACUUGUCAAGUAAUGAAAGUCAAGGGUUUGCCCCACUUCAUGCACACAAUGAACCAGCAGCUCUCCAUAUGGAUGGAGGCUUGGAGCAACGACCCGUGGAACUGGAAAAGACAGUUUGUUCCCUGUCAAGACUUCUUAGCCGAGAAACCGAGGAUGAAGUCACGGAUCUCGUCACUGUUGGCUCGGUCUAAUGCAGUUCUCCCGUCCUCAUCCUUGACCUAGAAAUCGACACCGUUUGAACCAGCAAGUGGCUGUCGACCCAUUUGAGGGUCCGAGUCGGGCGAGUCGGAUCCGGGGCGACAGAUAACCAGAAGAGAGCUUCGUGGAAGGAGUGUAAUUUCUUAUGAUGGGUUUGUGAGAGAAGAGUGAGCUCGUGAAAGGAGCUGUGCAUGAGAUUGAAGCCAUUGUUGUCUGUUUCUUCUUCUCUGCGAAGAAAAAUAUCUGCAGAUUUUCGAGGGAGGUUUCUUGAUAGAGCAAACCGGUCUUGACCGGAUUUGAAUGGUUUUCUUCUAUCGAUCAGUCUGAAUUGAAUUCCAUUUUGAUAUAAUUGUUA